CAUGAUUGUCCUUUUCAUCUCACAUAACAAUAGUUUUCACGUCUCACUCACUCUCAAAUUCCCACAAACUUCACCGGAAAAUCAUUUGCUCACAAAUACGGUGCACUGCCAUUUGCCGGCGAAUUUAUGCACAGUUUCUAAAAUAUCACUGGAAAGUUUCAGAAAUAUGAGUGAUUCAGUUUCUGGGUCUGAUCCGUCGGGCAGCAGCGAAUCAAAGGGCAGUGGGUUUGAUCCUACUAGGAUUCAGGAGGUGAAAGCAUGGCUUCUUACUCAGUUUGAUGCUGUUGGCAAAGAUGUACCCGAAUUCGAAUACACCCCUCGAAGUAUUGCCCAUUUGCAUAAUAUUGCAUCUGUUUCUCAAGCUAAGACACAAGCUGCUGGCAUUGUUGCCAAUGAUUUUCGACAAAAGGCAGCCGAAUAUCGUUCUCAAGCUGCAAGGAUUCGGGAGUUACUGGAGAAUGUGGGUUUGGCUCAGGAGAGUUUGCCAUCCAGUGUAGUGGGUUCAGCGCAAGUUUUGUCGAGUGUUGCUAACUUGUUGAAUAUAAGAGACACUGAGUUGAGCAGUUUCCUUGUCUCGAUGGGAGAUCUUUCUCUGAGGAAGUCUGGAGUACAAGAGAAGAGGGCGAAGGUACAAAAGGAAUCUAAAGUGCUCCUUGAUUAUACAAGGAAGGCUAUAGCAAGGCUAACUUACUUGAAAAGAAUACUUGCUCAGCUGGAAGAUGAAGUAGCUCCAUGUGAGGCUCAAAUUGAAAACUGGAAGACAAACUUGCCACUCCUAGUCUCAAAAGAGCGUGAAUACAAUCAAAGAUAUUCCAAUUACAAGGCAUUGUUGAACCGAGUGGGUUAUGCCCCUGAAAUCAGCCACGGGGUACUGGUGGAAAUGGCGGAACACAGGAAAGAGUUGGAGAAGAAAACUAAACCAAUUCUAGAUACUUUGAGAAGUUACCAGGAUUUGCCCCCUGAUAAAGCAUUGGCUUCACUGGCAAUUGAAGACAAGAAAAGACAGUUUGCUGCCGCGGAGAAGUACCUAGAGGAGGUUUUACAGUCUGCGCUUUCUACAACAGAUUAGCUUCAUCUCUAGCAUUUAUCGUAUUUUGAGUUGAGUGAAUAUCAACAGCUAGCUUAUUCAUUGGCACUGUAGUUGAAGCCACAAUACCACUCAAAUCUCAACCAAUGUUAUUUAUGAAAAUCAAUCUUGUUUCCAAAAUUCCCAAUUGAGCUCUAGUAUUAUGUACUCCAUGCAGCAUUGUUCUGGCAAUAUGUUCCAGUAGUAAGUAAUUAGCCUUAUAAAAGUAUACCAAGUAUUUGUAAUUGGACUGAAGAGUUGAAUGCUACUGUAGUUGCUUAUUGUAUGCA